UUGUAAGCUGAACUUUUCUAUGCCACACAGACUUCAAGCUAAUACAACACACCUCCAUCUCACUUGGUUCUAUAAUUACGUGACAGCUUUUAUACUUUUGACUCUAAAAUAUGUUUAAAAUUUAUGAGCCUAAUGAUGUUUUAUACCUAUGCACGUGUGAAGCCGAAAGGCCGAUCACAAAAGUUUAUUUUUGUCGCCAUUGCUCCAAAUUAAGAUGUGGUGAAUGUGUUUCUCAUGAGGUUGAUUCUCAUUAUUGUCAAAACUGCUUAGAAUAUAUGCCAUCUCCAGAAGCUCGAUUAAAAAAGAAUAAGUGCUCCAACUGUUUUGACUGUCCUAGUUGUAUGCAUACUCUUUCAACCAGAGCUACUAAUGCUCAGGUUGUCAAUCCUGAUGAACCUAAAAAGACAGUUACUAAGAAGGUCUAUUACCUGUCUUGUGGCUUUUGUCGAUGGACAUCUCGGGAUGUUGGACUAUCUGAUCAAGUGACUGCGAGUGGUGGUUGGCAAGAACCAGAAAAUCCUCACAGUAAAAGGAUUUCUCAGUUAAUGGAAUACUAUAGACUUCUUGCACAGAAGGAAAAAUUAGAGAAAGAAAGAAAGAAAAUAAGCCAACGUUUUAGCUACUUGCAUUAUACUGACAAAUAUGGCAUGUCCCCAACUGUUGUAAGAAAACUAGCUCAUCUACCUCCUACGUUCAGUAAAGGAGAUUCUGAGAAUGCUGAUCAGUUAACUAUACCAGAAGCUACCUCAGAUGUAGAACCUCUUCCUGAUCAUUAUUUAACUGAGCCUUUGAAUUUAUCAACUGUGUGUACUUUGAAGCAAAGAUUGUUUCAGCCCCAAUUUCAACCAGUUUCAACUGCAGAACUCAACAUUCAAAACAAGUAUAUGCACAUCAAACGAUCUCAACGUUGCAAAGUAUGUGAACACAAUUUGAGCAAGCCCGAGUAUAACCCUUCUUCAAUAAAAUUCAAAAUACAGAUGUCAGCCUUUUAUCAUAUACCAGAAUUGAGAAUUAGGAACAUAUCAAAACUCUAUUUAGAUAAGGUGUGUAGAGUUGAAAUGGUUCUUAUUAAUCCCACACCACAUCUAGCACAUGUUACUUUCGACCAAGUAGAAGAUACUUCUGAUAGCAUGUCUAAGGCAAAAUUACCCCUUGGAGAACUGGUCCUUGCUCCAAGAGAUGACACUGCUGAGUUUGAUGACUUAAAUGAUGCGCAGAAUUUUAAAGAUGAUCCAAAUGUUGUGACAUUUCGAAAAUCUAAUAAGCUUGGAUUUAUCUUUAGUGUCACGCCAUCAUCAAAAGAUGUUACAGUAUCAUUCAUGUUGAAACAUGACUUCAUUAAUAUGGUUGUUACCCUACCUGGAGAACAGGCAAGAGAACCGCAAAUUGUGUGGCUUAACCAUAUAGUUAAAGUUCACCUUGGAAAUGUGCUGGACAAGUAAAAUUUCAAAGCUGCUAUCUGAAAUGCAAAUUUUUUAAUUUAUUGUUGAAUAAUUAUUGUAAGGGAAGUGCUUAGGGCUUAAUUAUUUCAACUCCUUUGAAAGUUAAUUCUUAUCAGCUGAAUCUAAUUUCUUAUUUUCUCCCC